AUGCUGUUCUCCUUGGGACCUUUGACGAUCGUCUACGGUCUGGUUAUCUUUGUCGUAGCAAAGACAAUUUACAAUCUGUACCUCCACCCUCUUCGCUCUUAUCCCGGCCCUUUGCUGGCUCGCGCCACUCGCUGGUAUUACUCUUACUAUGUCAAAAUCGGCCUUCUGCCGCAAAAGACAAAGGAAUUGCACGAUCAAUACGGGCCUUGUGUUCGGAUUGCCCCGGAUGAACUGUCGUAUAACACGGCAGAGGCAUGGGAGGAUAUCUGCGGUCACCGAACCGGCCAACGAACCGAAAGCUUUGAAAAGGAUUUGACCUUCUUCCCACCUGCUCCGAAUGGAGUCGAUUCUAUUGUACGUAUUGACGAUGUCCACAGACGAUUCAGACGUCUCCUGUCUCACCCCAUGUCCGAUAAGGCGCUGGGAAGCCAACAAGAGAUCAUCACUGGUUAUGUCGACCAAUUGAUUCACGAACUCCGCCAACGCAGCGAAAGGUCUGAGGUGGUCGAUAUGGUCCGCUGGUUCAAUUUUACCUCCUUCGACAUCCUCGGAGACUUAGCGUUCGGCGAGUCGUUCGGCUGUCUGGGCAGCGGUCUGAUGCACCCAUGGAUUGAGCUCAUUUUCACGUCCAUCAAAUCCGUCAUGGAUAUGCAGAUUAUCCGGCGCAUCCCCGGUCUCUUUUCGCUCAUCCUUACUAUUGCCGGACUGCAGCAGAAGCAAGACCUGCAGGAGCAAUUCAUGUUUUGUCAGAAGAAGGCCCGCGAGCGAUAUACGAAAGAGACCACCCGGCCAGAUUUUAUGACAUACAUUCUCCGUGCAACGGAAGAAAAGGGCAUGACGCCGGAGGAAAUUGAAGCCAAUGCGCAGAUCCUCAUCAUGGCUGGCAGUGAAACCACGGCCUCAGCUCUCUCCGGAACCCUGUUCUAUCUGCUGAAAAACUCAAUGGCCAUGCAGAAACUCCGCCAGGAAAUCCAUGCCACCUUCCAAGCUGAAGCAGAGAUUACCAUGCGCUCCACCCAAUCCAUGGAAUAUUUGCAUGCUGUUCUGCAGGAGGCAAUGCGCGUCUAUCCCCCGGUCCCCUGUACGUUCCCUCGGACCACUCCCCCUGGCGGGGCGAUGGUUUGUGGUAGAUUUGUUCCGGGGGGAUAUAUCGUGGGAGUCAACCAGCUGGCUGCCAUGACUUCAGAGAAGAACUUCAAGGACCCUUUGAAAUUUAUCCCAGAGCGGUGGUGCGGCGAUGAGCGAUACCAGGAGGACUCUCGCAAGGCCUACCAGCCCUUUUCGUACGGACCUCGGAACUGUCUAGGGAAGAACCUGGCAUAUGCUGAAAUGCGUCUCGUUCUCACGCGGUUAUUAUGGAAUUUUGAGUUCGAUCUGUUAGAGGAGUCGAAGGAUUGGCAUGCGAAGCAGAAGGUCUGGAUGAUGUGGGACAAGGGAGAUUUGAAGGUUCGGUUAAAGCCAUUAAGGCAUUGA